AUGUUCUCAUUAGUGCUAUCCCAACUGAUAUCAACUGAUACCAACACCACCACCACCACCACCGACGACGACGACGGCGGCGACGACAACGACGACGACGACAACACAACAACAACAACAACAACAACAACAACAAAGAAGUGUAUUAUAUUUAAUCAGAGGCCAUAUGAGUAUGGAUGUGGAAUUCCCAGCCUCUUAGUAAAUCGUUUGGUCAUUUCUAGUGGAGGUGUAAGUUCGAAUCAUUUCUGCAACAAUUUUUUUUACCUCACACAUAUUUGGAAUCGGUUUUUAUGUUGGAUCCUCACAAGAAAUUCCAAUCUCCCGCCAAUAUGCCUCACGAAAAUUUUUAAUCUCUCCCCCCCCCCCAUAUACCUAUCUAUCCCUAAUUAUCCCGCUUUCCCUUCCCUAUGUUAUCUUCUUUUUCACGAGACCCUCCAUCUUCUGGGUGCAAUCUCUAACUUUGAUCUUAGAGACCUUCGGCCACCUCUAGCACUCCAUUCGUCACCGCCUCCAACAUCGAUCCCAGAGACCUUCCACUAUCGAUCCCAGAGACCUUCCACUAGCGCUCCGUUCGUCACCAUCUCCGGCUUUCCCUCUUCGACUAUCGCACAUAGAGGACACCCUCUGACCUCCCAUCUUCGGCGUGCCCGUUCGUCACCAUCUUCGGCUAUCGUUGGUGAUGGAUGA